AGGUCUUGCACACUGGAGCCGUAGCCAUUGUCAGCUCAGGUGCUGGAAAGGGCAGCUUUUGACUUAGCGUUGCGACACCACCGAGGAUGCAGAGAAUGGCAUGUCACUUACCAUCAGUGGCUCCAUUGGCUGAAGCUUCCCUCUAUGUUUUAGGAAGCUUAAACAUUUGAUUUGUUUGUUUGUUUGUCUGUCUACCCACCCAAUAGGAGAAAGAAUAGUUGGCUUUUCCUAAGAAAGAAUGUUACAAAGGUCAUGGUGACAAAAAGCCUAAAUUGAACCCGGGGCAUGAAACAUUUCAAAUUCCCUCUACUCCUUUGUUUUAUGUCAACCUCUUUUGUGAAAAAGCUAUAGAGCAUUUCUGUGGACUUUGUGUCUAAAUCGACAUUGGAGAUGGAUGCCUUUAUGUGGCUCCGUGCACAUGGGACUGGGCUCAUUGUCACAAUGCUAAACCAUUCAAAUGAAAUUCCUGGAAUAAUUAAGACUGACAAGAUCUCCUUGCCCCCAUAAAAGGAAAUCAUGUUUGUUUGCAGUGACUACAAAAACCUCCAUGUCACUCAUUUUGUCCCCAGCACAAUAGGCGUAAUUAUUGUUAAUUAAUAAAACUUCCACUAGCAUAGUCUGCAGUUAGCUCACCCCAUCAUAUUGGGACAGUCCCUCAUGAUUAUUCAAUGAGCGGCUGCUUAAUAUGCAUGAGGGGGUGUAUUUGGGCUGAGGAGAGGCGCUGGCUCAGAGUGAGGGAGGGAGUGAGUUAGUGAGAGACAGACUGAGAGUAGAGCGUGCUUACUCCUACUCAGACACACUCAGGACACGCGUGCAUGACUGGCUGCACAGCCUUCAUGUAAAUCCUUUCAGCUAAACCUAUUUCCUGGGUGAGUUUGCGAGACGGAGCAGCCUGGUCAGCAGCUCCAUGUGAGCCAGCAGCCCAGAGAGAGAGACAACUUGCCUGGCAGACUGGAGAGCAAGACUGUAUGGUGAGAUUCCUCCACCAUGGGAUGCAGCCUCUGUACCCUGCAGAAGCCUGAGGAGCAAUACAAACUACUCUAUGAAGUCUGCCAGGUGAAUGGGAAGGACCUGUCCAAGGCCACCCAUGACCAGGCAGUGGAGGUCUUCCGCACGGCCAAGGAGCCCAUCAUGGUCCAUGUGCUUCGCCGGGCCCCCCGCCCCAAACCCUCCAUCCCUGCCUCAGACACCGAGGUGGUAGACAUCAGCACCCAGACAGACAUCACCUUUGAACACAUCAUGGCCCUCACCAAGCUACCUGCCACCACCCCCACCGUGGCUGUGCUGGAGCAAUACCUAAUGCCUGAGGAGCAUUCCCCUGGGCAUGAGUACUUUGACCCCAAUGAUUUCCUGGAGGGCAUGCAGCAGGAGAUGGAUCGAGAGGAGCUGGAAUAUGAGGAAGUGGAUUUGUACAGAACCAACAUCCAGGACAAGCUUGGUUUGACUGUCUGCUACAGGACUGAUGAUGAGGACGAGACUGGGAUCUAUGUCAGUGAGAUUGACCCAAACAGCAUCGCUGCAAAGGAUGGCAGGAUCAGAGAGGGAGAUAGAAUUAUCCAGAUCAAUGGAAUUGAGAUCCAGAACCGAGAGGAUGCUGUGGCUUUGUUGACCAGUGAGGAGAAUCAGAAUGUGUGCCUACUGGUAGCCAGACCAGAGAUCCAGCUGGAUGAGGGUUGGAUGGAUGACGACAGGAAUGACUUCCUGGAUGACCUCCACAUGGACAUGCUGGAGCAGCAGCACCACCAGGCCAUGCAGUUCACCGCCAGCAUGCUGCAGCAGAAGAAGCAUGAGGAGGAUGGUGGAACAACGGACACAGCCACGCUGUUGUCCAACCACCACGAGAAGGAUAGUGGGGUUGGCCGCACCGACGAGAGCACGCGCACCGACGAGAGCACACGCAACGACGAGAGCUCUGAGCAGGAGAACCUGGGGGAUGACCAGACUACAGCCUCCAACACACUGGGCAGCUGCAGCCACAGGAAGCUGACCUACAGCCAGGACACCGUGGGCAGCACUGAACUGCCUUUCAGCAAUGAGUCCUUCAUCUCUGCAGACUACGACCAUGCUGACUUCCUGGGUAUCCCUGCCGAUGAGUGUGAGCGCUUCCGAGAGCUCCUGGAGCUGAAGUGCCAGGUGAGGAGCGUGGGGGGCCCCCAUGGCCUGUACUGCCAGAGUGCAAGGGCCGGACGGGCCGAAGAGGGGGUGGACAAGGAGCUGGAGCUGCUGAACGAGGAGCUGCACAGCAUUGAGCUUGAAUGCCUCAACAUCGUCCGGGCCCACAAGAUGCAGCAGCUAAGGGAGCAGUACCGCGAGUCGUGGAUGCUGCACAACAGCGGCUUCCGCAACUACAACACCAGCAUCGAUGCGCGCCGCCACGAGCUCUCUGACAUUAACGAACUGCCCGAGAAGUCGGACAAGGACAGCUCCAGCGCCUACAACACUGGAGAGAGCUGCCGCAGCACCCCCCUCACCCUGGAGCUGUCCCCAGACAACUCCCUCCGAAGGGGGGAAGAGAACCAGGGCGAGGCCGGGGCCUACAGCAGCGCAGGGCUCAACAACAGGAUCCUCAAGCCCCUGCUGUCUCCUGUCCUAGAGGCCGAUGGCCCCAGCAGAAUCAGGCCCUCCUCCUCUAAGGAGUCUGAGUGUGACCUGCAGGCGGAGGAGAAGGAGCGUAAGCUGGGAGAGUCUACUCACAAGCUGGCCCAGCCCCGCUCCCUGUACAAACACGCCCACAUCCCGGCCCAUGCCCAGCACUACCAGAGCUACAUGCAGCUGAUCCAGCAGAAGUCUGCCGUGGAGUAUGCCCAGAGCCAAAUGAGCCUGGUCAGUCUGGUCAGCCGCGGUGACCCUGUGACCCCCAGAGACAUGCUGGAGCCCAAGAAGGAGUGGAAGGUGAAGAUCCGCAGCGAUGGCACGCGCUACAUCACCAAGAGGCCCAUCAGGGACAAGCUGCUGAAGGAGCGCGCCCUGCGUAUCCGCGAGGAGCGCAGCGGCAUGACCACAGACGACGACGCUAUCAGCGAGCUGAAGAUCGGGCGGUACUGGAGCAAGGAGGAGAGGAAGCAGCACGCGGUGCGCGCCAAGGAGCAGAAACAGCGCCGCGAGUUCAUGAAGCAGAGCCGCGCCGACUGCCUGAAGGAACAGGCCAGCCUGGAUGACGACAAGAAGGAGCCCAAUAUCAUUGAGCUGAGCCACAAAAAGAUGAUGAAAAAGAGGAACAAGAAAAUCUUUGACAAUUGGAUGACUAUCCAGGAACUUUUGACCCACGGUGCUAAGUCGCCUGACGGCACGCGAGUGUACAACUCCCUCCUGUCUGUCACCACAGUGUAGGAGGCAGACAGGACAGGCCAGGCCUGGGGUGUAAUGUACUGUAAAUAGGACACUACCGAUUGGGGUACAGAUUUCUGCCUCGUUCAAUGUGGCAACAUUUUGUAAAUAUUAAACAGGUAAAGCCUUUCUGAAGGACCUUUUGGCCCCUGCGGGCGGUUGAGAGAUACUUUACAAAGUGUUCCAUGGACUUUGAAGAUGAUUAUUGUCAGGAUAAUACUGUUUUCAAAUGCUUUCAAUAACUUUCCCACUGGGCACAUUUCCAACUGGACAUUUUGGCUCAACGUAAUUUCAUUGAAAUGAUGUGGAAACGACGUUGACUCAACCAGUGUGUGCCCAGUGAGUUUCUACCUUUGUUCUGUGUGUCAAGACCGUUUGUCAUAAGUAAAGAGCAGCCAACAUUUA